UGCACCUCUUCGGGUUACGUAACGCUCCAGCGUUCUCCUCGAGAGCGGUUGACAGCCGUGAAGAGCAGGCCGAUGAGGGUAAACAAACGAGAAACGGAAGAAAUAAUCGUUCAAAUAUCGAGGCGUUGGUGUCGAGAAUAUGUCAAUUGUUGUUAUAAAACAUAUCGGAGGGAGUUAAAUGAGAAAGACACUUGUUUGAGAUAAGUAGGUGAAGUUAGCCAACGUGUGCUCGCUAGCUAGCCGGGCUAGUCGUCCCAUCAUGUCGUCGCCUUCCUCCGCCUCCAGGCGCCAAUGGUGCUACCUGUGCGACCUGCCCAAGAUGCCCUGGACGGUGGUGUGGGACUUCAGCGAGGUGGUGUGCCGCGGCUGCGUCAACUACGAGGGCGCUAAUCAGAUCGAGUUCCUCAUAGCGAGCGCCCGGCAGCUGAAACGGACACACGGGAUGCAGGACGGCAACGUCCGCUCGCCCGGUCCUUCUCCCAACAAGCACGCCUCGUCGGCCCGGGGAGAGGCGGCUGCGGACGGCGGAAGGCCGCAUAGCGAGCGUUUUGAGCGGGGAGGCCGGGGAGAGAACACCGUUUCGGCGGCUCGCGUGCCGCCCAACGGGCUGCACCGCGACGGCCAGCCGCCCCAAGAGGUGAACCGUCAGAGUCCGAGCGGAAAUCGGAGACCGAUGAUAGGAGCGGCGAUUCCCCCGAACUUAGUGACUCAAAGCAUCGCGGGGAUCCCGCACGGGCUACUGGCGGGCAUGCCAUUGACAGCCAGGACCGCCCCCAUGAGCAGCCCGAUGAUCUUCCCGGCGCCGGUGCUGGCUGAGAUGAACCGCAGACAGUUGGGCAUCGGCAUGGGCAUGGCGCCCUUCAUCACACCGGAGCUGGAGCGGGAGCUGAGCUCCUCCCAGCCCAAGCCGCUCGGUCACGCGGGCUCGGUCUCCGGCAGCAAGAGCGCGGGCCUCCCGGCUUCGUCGUCCUCCAUGGCGGCCGGGGGGAUGAGCCAGACGAGCCCCAAGCCUGCUUCGUCUCCGGCGAGGCAGCCACGCCCCCUCGCCGCCAGGUCCGGAGGAGAGCCUCUGGCGUCCAGCAGCUCGUCAGAGGCCGCCCCCACUGCCGCGGCUCUGCCCCACAGUGGCGCCUCAGAGCUGGGGUCCGCUCCGGCCAACAGCAGCCUGACUGGAACCACUCUGUCCUGCACGCUGUGUCAUGAGAGGCUGGAGGACACACACUUUGUCCAAUGUCCGUCCGUGCCAGGACACAGGUUCUGCUUCCCGUGCACCAGAGUGUACAUUCAGAGCCGCCGGGGCAACGGCGAAGUCUACUGUCCCAGCGGCGAGCGCUGUCCGUUGGACAAUUCGGCCAACAGCCCGCCCUGGGCCUUCAUGCAGGGGGAGGUGUCCACCAUUCUCGGGGCGGGCGCGGCGGGUGCCCCGCCGGCGGCCCCCCCGGGAUCCGGGCCCGGCGCCGCCAACGGAGCCGGCGCCCAGGGCGGCGACGUCACCGUCAAGAAAGAGAGGGAGACGUGAUGGCGGUUUCCGUGGCAACCUUGGACAAAGGCAGGCCGGCCCACUCUUUUGACACACUUAGUUCAGACACACCAGAACCAGCGCCGACAUCUAUUGGACCUCCACACACACUAUUUGGUGUAUAGCAGCGUAAAAUGACCAUAAAAUGUACACUUUAAAGACACACACACACGUGAGCGGCCGGGUGAAUGUAGUUUUCUACCUGGUUUGUUCACGCGCAAUGGUCAGUCAUGUUAUGCAACAUUUAGAAGCUCUAAUUGAAAUGAAUGUGCGUCGUUUCCUAACCUUUUUUGUUGUCGUUUUGUUCGUAAAGAAAGUCGUUUUAGGAGCAGCGAGUCACGAUCACGAAGAAGAAUGUCCUCACAGACCAACCAAAGCUAAAGCCCGUCUACGUGUACAGAAUCUAUAUCGCUCUAUAUCUGCUAGGUCGCACUCUGUAGUCGUCAGGAAGCGCUUUCAAACACCGUGUAACACAAGUGCCUUGCGCAGAAGUGUCGCCGCGGCGAUGACAAACCUGUUUUUGUGUUUCUUGACCGCAGCUUUCAUGUACAAACAGCCAAGCAGGAAUAAACACGAUGGAUACUCUUG